AUGGCCGCCCAACCGCACGCCACUGGGCUGCCCGGGCCGCUGGCGCGCAUCCAUUCCCGCGCAGCAGCCAUAGUUCGAGCGGGAUCCGUGGUCAGCGCACCGUCUCAGGCCGCCGUGGAGCUGCUUGCCAACAGCAUUGAUUCGGCAGCAACAGAAGUGCACCUGGAGCUGGACAUCGCAGACUGGGGCCUGCGCGUGCAGGACAACGGGCGCGGCAUCCCCGCUACGAGGCUGGGGCUGCUGGGCCGCCGCUUUGCCGCCACCCCGCUGCCGGCAGCGCGGCCCACACUCGGCUACCGCGGCGAGGCGCUGGCUGCCCUGUGUGCGGCUGCACAGGAGGUGGAGGUGGUAAGCCGCGCAAUGGACAGCUUUGAAACUCACCGCGUGCUACUGCGCAGCGGCCAGGUGGUAGAGCAGGGCCUGGCGCUGGACCAGAGCAGCAGGCAGGGCACCUGCGUUACCAUUCGUGGCCUGUUUUUCAACCAGCCAGUGCGGCGUAAAGCAUUGCUGACUGCGGGGCUGCAGCGAGAGGUGGACCGGUGCAAGCAGGCGGUGAUACAGCUGGCGCUGCUGCGGUCCCACAUUACCUUCACCUGUUUUGACCGUGGGCGCAAGGCAUUCCUCCUGCGCCUGCUCAAGGCACGUGGCCGCUCACAGGAGCAAACCGUGGGCGAGUACCUGGGGCAUCAUCGGGAGCACAUAGCCGUCGUGCAGCCAGUGCCAGGUGCCUUGCACGCCGUCAGUGGUUAUGCAGCGCUGCCGCCACAAGGCCACUCCAAUGCCAGCCGCCAGCUGCUGCUGCUGAAUGGACGCAGCAUCAACGCCCCUGCGAUCUCUAGGCUGGUGACGGCGCUGUUUCAGCAGCUCUACAGGCCCAACAUGCGGCUAGAGAACGUGCAGGGUGAGGAGUUGCAGCAGUUGCACCAAGCCGCCAAUCGGCAUGCCGCCUUUGUCCUGCAGAUCAGCUGCAAGGCGGACGAGUAUGAGCUCGCCCAUGAGGCCGACGGACAUGUUGCACACUUUCUUAGCUGGGAGCCGCUGCUGAAGGCCCUCAAGCCGUCGGCGCUGAUGCGGUCCGACCUAGCAGCGGGCAGAGCCUUGCAGCAGGUGCAAUGCAAGUUCAUCCCAGUGAUGUGCGGAAGCCUGCUGGCGCUGGUGGACCAGCAUGCAGCAGAUGAGCGGGUACAGCUGGAGCUGCUGCGUGACCACUUGCUGGGGCCGGGUGGGCAGCCCUGGCAGGUGCACAGCAAGAUUCUGCGGGCACCACUGCCUCUGGGCCUGACGGAUGUCGAGGGGCAGCUGCUGGAGGCAUACCAACACAAGCUCUACCUACACCAUCUACAAGACACUUGCGGCUCAGGUGGCCUACCAGCGGCCGUGAUCCGUGUGCUCAAUUCCAAGGCGUGCCGUGGUGCAAUCAUGUUUGGCGACAGGCUGAGCCAGGCGGAGUGUCAGGAGCUGCUGAACAGCCUGAAGCAGACGCGGCUGUGCUUCAGUUGUGCCCACGGCAGGCCCACCAUGGUGCCAGUUGUGAGUCUGCAUCUAUUGAAACAAGCGCUGCAGUUACGCCAGAAACUUCAGCCGCCGCGCGACAUUGGAGGGGCCAGCGGCAAGGCAGCGGGGCAGUUGGGCUAUCACGCUGAGCUGGCGGCUUUGAAAAGCAAGCUGCAGCACCUGGUGCGCUAA